GACAGCUCAUAUAUAAUAGUUUAUGACUGUGAUAAUUGUUGUCUUUGGUUAAAUCAAAAUUAUUUAAAAAAGUUUGUCUGCCUCAGAAGCUUGGCUUGGCAAUUUUCAACGACGAGCCACGGCCACUCUAAUUUGGCAUUUUAUCUCGUGCAGCAUACUCGGCUGCACUUGCAACUUUUCAUUGUUUGAAACGCAAUUAAUUAUUAAUAAGAGUAAUGAAUUUUAGCCAACGCCAACCAGAAUGGCACACAAUACCAGCAGUGGCACUGAAUCACAUCUUCGACUAUCUGGAGCCCCAAGAUCGUCGAUCGGCAGCGAGUGUUUGCUUUUCCUGGAGACUUUCCUUCUUUCAAAAACGCUACUUUAGGAACUUUCGCUUUCAUUUGGAUGUGGGCCGCGAUGAUCAGUUAGCAUUCUUCCAUCGCUCCAUGGCUAAUUUGGCCAGGGAAUUGAUUGUAGUGUUCGACUUUCAAAAUGCAUUUCACAUCCAAAAAAUGCGACGACUUCUAUACAGAGUGGCACGCUGUGAUAAUAUCCAGAAAUUGCGUUUCCAAACCCACAAUGUGGGCCUUGUUGCAAUCGGCAGUAUGCAAAGCGAGCAUUUGGUGGCUAUCGAACAAUGCUUUGUUGAGCCUUUGAAGCUGUUUUUGAACCGCAAACGUCAUCCCUGUCAGCUUUUGGACCUCGGAGCCAUCGAGGCUCUCUCAUACUAUGGCCACGACUUCCUUAAGGCCAUGGGCAAGCCCCAGGAGCUGCUCCAGUUGACACUGGCCAGCAUAAAGUACGACCCUAGUCACUAUCCCAUUCUUUCGCUGGACGCAACGCUGCUGCAGAAGUGCGCCGCUCUGCAGGUGCUCUCCCUGGACUAUGACACACUCUCCGACGAACUGCUGCACACCAUCCAGAUAUUGCCGCUUCGCAAGCUUCUCAUCGCAGUGCACGGCCUGGACAGCGAGGAGCAUCCCGAUGUGUCAGAGACAGCCUGGGCCCACUUCUCCGACCACUUUGCCAACAUUGAACUGGUGUUGACCUUGGUGUACGCCUAUGAGGCCAUCGAAUUGCUGCAGCAUCGUGUUCUGCGUAGAAACAUGCCUGUUACCCACGUGCGACUGCUCUUCUGUGAGCAGAUGAACGCCGAGGCCCUUGAUUGGAUGUCGGUGCAUCACAGUGAAACGUUGCGCAGCAUCCACUACGUGGACUCGGCGUACAAGCAUUCCAACCGCAUGGACUACGCUCGGCACGGCUUUCUGCGCCAGGAUCCCUUCGUCAUGAUGGCCUGGCGCUGCAAGCAGCUGGAGGAGAUCGUUGUGCACGGCUACUUGAUGGAUCCGCACAAUCUGGUUGGCAUUGCCCGACUUCGGGGAAGGCAGCUGAAACGUCUUGAGGUCUCCAUGAUCGACUGGUCCAGCGCUGCUUCGCUAAAUGCCUUUAAUGAGGAAAUAAGCACCUUGCUGGGACAACAGUGGUCACCCGUUAACCUUGACAAGAUGUCGCCAAUGCUAGCCUUCGACUGCGAUCAGUUCAUUUACAAAAUGCUGCGCCAGGAUCUCAGCCAGUAAGUGGGCGAAGUGGUGAAGUACUCAAAACUAACCAAAUAUUGAAGCAAAGUCAUCAAGUAAACAAAAGAAAUGCAAUCAUGACACGUGAUCAACUCGAGCGCAUAGAAACUAAUUUUAAAAUUGCAACACCCUAUUACGUAGCUAAAACAAACCCCAAACAAAGUAUGUAAGCAAAAAGAAAAUUUAAACGUUAUACUAAGUUAUCAAAAUUUGUAUAUGUAAACCGAACAUUUUGAUUGGAACGCAUUUUAUAGACCAUAAUUUUCCUAUGUUCUUAGUCAUUCUAAUCAAAAUCGCGUUUUGCCUUUAUUUGUUAGGCCAAAAGUAACAGGAAUGUUAAGAACAAAGCAAAAGACUUGAGCACUUCACAAAUUUAUGUAAAAAUGUAAUGGGGCAAAAUGAGUUUGUUGAAACCUGCUAGCGAAACAUCAUUAUAUAAGCAACAACAACUGUGAUUCAAACGAAAUGCAAAAGCGAGUGCAGAUGCAAGUGUAAGCCAGUGUGAGCAAUUGCGACACCAACUCUCAUACAAAACAAAACAAAACAAAAACGACAACAAAAAUUGUUAAGCGAAUUGUCUAGUUAGCUAAGUUAAAAAGUAACAAAACAAAAGUGUUGAAAAAUGUUUGUAAACCAAAACUACGACCAAUGUCAAAUUGUUUGCUCAAAACUCAAUUGGCACAAAUUGUUAACCUUUGUAGUAGUGUGAAUAAGUACGGAAUCCGGCGCUCAAUUGUGAUAAACCAACAAACAACAACAAAAGCAAAUGUAACAACAACGAGAGCUCGAUCCUCGUUCGCUAAGCGCCGCCAUUUGUGUAGUUUAAAGUGAUAUUACCAGCAACAGCAAAGAAAAUUGUAAGCAAAUGCAAAAACACCACUCAGAUAUAUAUGUAUUGUAAUAGCCAAAAGGAGCUAAGUUAGCUGUCGAGUGUGGUACAUUCGUUGUGGCCAGAGAAAAGGGGCCAGAAAGCCAGGCAAUUGUAAGACCCAAAACCAACUUUUAAGUAUUUCGUAGCACAGGCAUUAAUUUAUACAACUAUGUACUAUAUUUAACCUAUGUUUGCACAAAACAGCAGCGUAUUGUCACGAGCCGCGGCUCAUCCUCCCAAGAGUUGUUUGCCAACCAACAAGUACAACAGCAACAAUGACAACAUCAACAACAACAACAACAAUGGUACCUGAAGAUCAUGCUGAGCAUUUAGAGAACAACCGAACAACAACCACAAAGUACUUGCUCAAAUCUAACAAUCUAAACAAACACAAAAUCUAUUGAAACAGAAGACUGAACGACAAAGAAAAUCCCGACAAGGGUGUUGGCUUCGUUGUCAGAGCAAUGCGGAGGAUGGCACUGGGUUCCGAGACAGGCAGCCGCAAACAGAAUGCGAUCUCAAAGACAACUCUUACAACUAUCCAAUCGACCAUCUAUAUUUGUAUGUAUCUAUAUGUAACCAAUGCAUGUAAUAAUUUUUGUUAUGAACUGCAAUAGCGAAUAUUAAUUUUGUAAAACAUGUGCAAAUCAUGUAUAAAGCGAAGCAAUCUAAGAAUGUAUGCCAAGCAGCUGAACAGCAACUGUAACACGGCCACAGAAAAUAUCGAAGACAGUGUCGACGGCGCCUGCAAACGAUUCAAAAUCCGAGCGCUGAAAUUUGUAAACAGACCUGUUUUUAUGUGGCCGUGUAUUUAAUUUAAGUCUAGUACGUACCAACACAACAACCAACACCAACAACAAAUGUGAUAAAAGUGUCAUGCUGCUUCCAAGGACAACAACCUGUGCAAAAUGCGAACCAAAUGGUGCACGAUUGAAGCAAGGAGAACUGUAGUAAGCAUUGGAAAGGCGGGCCCCGAUAAAUGGGGACAUAGUGCAGAUCGGCUCUCUUUCAUAGCAAAGUUAGGUAUAGUGUCCAAAACUACAUAUAGCCUUUAUAAUUUUCUUCGUUCCUCAACAAAACAAGGGAGUAUACAAAGGAAGAAAGGAACCUAUACUUAACCAUAGAAAACAAGAAAAGAAGCUAGCUUCGGAAAGCCGAAGCUUAUAUACCCUUGUAGUAGUAGAACUUCAGUCUAUGAAAAUUUUUUUUUGUCAGCGAAAUUUAAUUCGUAAAGAAAAAAUCUUUAAAAACCUCAGUGUUCCAUAAUAUUUAUUUUUAAUUUUUUUUUAAUUGCUUUUGUAUUUCAAGAGUCGCUAAAAACUCAACCGACGACAAUGUCAUAGUGAUUCAAUAUGAAUACAAUUUAAUUCCUUAUUCAAUAGUCGCCAAUUCACAUCAUGUUUGUUACUGGAUAAAAUUAAAAAACGUUCUGCAAGGGUAUACAAAUUAAAAGAGGAAAGAUCCAAAAAUUCUUUAAAUAUCUGUAAAAAGAAAACAUCUGUACCUCAAGAACAUCACAAAAUUAAAGUUUCGUGAAGCUAUGAAACCGAGCAAAGAGAGUGUGAGAAUGUAAGCUCCAUCUUCAGCGUUCAUUAAUUGUUAGGGGCAGUCAAUCAGUGGAUUCAUUCAAUUACAAUCAAAGUAAAUGAAAAAAGUAUUAUGUUUUUCUGUUAUACUAGAGUCACUUCCAACGCUGCUGCAUAUGAGUAACGUUCUUUUUGUAUACUUACUACAAACAAAAAAUAUAUAUUUUAUAUGCCAUUUAUUGUAUUUAAAUUCGAGGAGACCGAAUCCAAUUUUGUAAACCAUUCCACAAACAACUAAACAAUGCGAUUUAUGCUAACUUAUGUACUGAACCAGUAGCAACACUACAGAAAGAAGACAACAACCGAGUUUAAGAUAAGUGUUGAUCGAGAACAACAACCAGAAGCCAGCGUGUUAAUAUAUGUAUGCAGGGGAACAACAAGAGCGACAUCGGCGGUGGAGGGGUAUAAAUGAAAAGACGAUAA